GCCGUUACAUUAAUUACUCGUGUAAAAAGUGCAACACUAAAGGACACCUAAGUAGGAUGUGUAAAAUGAGUGAUAAAAAGUUUAACUUCAUUGCCGAAGAAACCGAUGACAUACAUGAAGAUCUCACAAUGUAAACAAUACGGCGGGCAGAGAAAAUGUAAUUUUAAACGGGGUGAUAAUGUUUUAGUAAAAUCAUUUUUUAAGAAUGGUACUAAGUAUACAUGGAAAAGAGGUACUAUUGAGAAUAAAGUGGGAUCCAGAAUGUAUAUCGUAAAUAUAACGGACUUGAAAAUAAAAGUAAAGAAACACGUCGACCAAUUGUUACAUUACAAAGGCUGUGACGACACCAACGAGUCCGAUUCCGAAGGCGACGUUCCGACAUUACAAAACGACGACGACGCCCAGGACGACAACGUCGAAGACGCGCAAACCGACGCACCUCUGCCUGAAGAGCAAGAAGCUGUCGAGCUGGCGGAGGGCGGAGUGGCGAAUCCCCACGACACGUCUCCGGACACGUCUUUCGAGAGUGUCGUUUCAUCUGUCAGCUCUCCGCAGAGACAAUCAGUGCAAGAGAACACAGAUACAAUAAUGUCGUCAGAUUGUCCGUUGGAGGUUAUGGAGGCGGACGACAACGGUGUUGAGCCUGACGCUCCGGCUGAAAGUCAUGGCCUAGUCGACCUUGACAACAGGCGACAACGGCCAAUAAGGAGUACUAGGAACAAGGACGUUAAUUAUAAAAUUUAAUGGACCUUAAAAUUA